CGCCGCUUGGUGCGCUUCCAUCUUAAAAAUUAUCGCGGAUAAUUCAAAAGCCAUUUAUUACUUAUUAAAUGUGAUGAUGCCAUGAUAAGAGAAUUAAGAGAAACUAAAUACAUAAAUUGAAUUUAAGGAGAAAUCAAGUCGCAUUCGUCACUGUAACAUUCUAAAUGUCUUUCGUCUUUCGCUGGUUUUGAAAGUUACAAAGUUGCGGCCACAAUAUUUUGGUCCAUUUGCGUUGCUUUGUCACGAUAGAAGCUGUCAAUAAAAGUCGGCAUAACUCAAAUUUCAAGUGAAAAGUGAAAUGAAAACUGACCAGAAAUUUUCAAAUGACUCAUCCAAAAGCAUUCCAGAAGAAUACAAAAGCAUAGACUCGGCUGUUGUACCGGUAACCACAAUAAAACUAUCGGCAAGAACUAGAAAGAAGCAACGCAAAAACGUUAAAACAAAAAAUAUUCCAGUAGAAGACGAUAUAGAAAGUAUUUCUAGACUGGCGUCGCCAAAACGGAGAUACGAGCAGCCAGGAAACCAAACCGUGAAAGUUUCAAAAAGCGCGUUGAAAUAUAAAGCUUCCAAACGGAUACAAUCGCUGGCUAAACCCAAAACCAUAAUUCCCAAAGGAAGUCGCACGAUGUCUUUGCAGGAUUCAUUCCAGUCUACAGUUAGCGCAAAAGCUCUGAGUUAUGUACCAACACCGAGGAUCCUGGAGCUGGCACGGCCAAAACAAUACUUAAUCGACGAAGAUUACCAAGAAGAUUUCGACGAAGAUGAAAUUUUUAUCUAAAUCAGUCACUUAUUUUGUAAAUAUUAUAUAUUUUCCCGCUACACAGAAUGACAGAUAAUAUAUUUUGA